AUGUGCACAGGGAACGAUCAGGGAAAGUCUGUAAGGCUCACUAGGAUAGAGAAACACACAGUGAAGAAAGUGACAGCGACAGAGGGAGAUCCUGUCUGUCUACCCGCUGAUCUUACUAAAAUAGAGAAAGAUGAUAAGAUACAGUGGUAUUAUGAAGAUGAAAAUUAUGAAAAAAAUGUCAUUGCUGAAUUCAAAGCAGGGGACAGAGAGCCACAUACAUUUCCAGGAGCUGAUGUGAAAUUCAGAGGCAAACUGAAGAUGGAAAAGACUGGAGAUCUCAUCAUCACAGACAUCAGGACUAUUUACUCUGGACUCUAUAUACUAAUGCUCAGCAACAGCAGCAACAGCAGAAGAGCCAAAUACAAGAGAUUCAAUGUUUCUGUGAAAUCAAAUGAAGAGUCAGUGGUGGUGGGAGGAUCUGUCACUCUCCCGUCUGCCCGCUUUGAUGCUAAAAUUGAAACAGAUGAUCUUAUUCUGUGGACGUUUGGAGCCGAAAAGCGUCUUGUUGCUACAAAUGCUGCAGGGCCAGAUAAAACUGAUGAGAGAUUCAGAGGCCGAGUGGAGCUGGAUGAGAAAACUGGAUCUCUGACAAUCAGUGACAUCAAAGCUGAAGACAUUGGACAUUAUAAUCUACAGAUCAUCAACAGCAAAGAGACCAAAGGCUGGAGAGUCAAUGUGAUUCUCAGUGCAAAGAAAGAGUCAGUGGUGGUGGGAGGAUCUGUCACUCUCCGGCCUGACCAGCCCAUUGCUAAAACUGAAACAGGUGAUCUUAUUCUGUGGGCGUUUGGAGCUAAAAAGAGUCUUAUUGCUACAAAUGCUGCAAGGCCAGAUAAAACUGAUGAGAGAUUCACAGACCGAGUGGAGCUGAACAGGGAAACUGGAUCUCUGACAAUCAGUGACAUCAGAGCUGAAGACACUGGACAUUAUAAACUACAGAUCAUCAACAGCAAAGAGACCAAAGGCUGGAGAUUCAAUUUGAUUCUAAGUGAUUCCACAGAGAAUGAAUCAGCGACUGCAGAGAACACAUCGCUGUUGGCGGGGGGGAGAAAUCAACCUCAGUUUGAGAUGAGACACACCCACCAGUGUCAAACACUAUGACAUCAUCAACAUGUGAGCAUCCAUAUACAACACCAAAAACACAUUUCUUUCCAUCUUGUGAAAGUGAGAAACCUGUUUCUGUCGAGCUGUUAAACGUGCGAGUAAAACGUUUCUUUGGUUGGUGGUUGAUGAAACUCUUUCAUACAUCAUUUCACUAAUGUUACACGUCAUACAUGUUGCUUUAUUAACAAAAUACUGCUUUGAUUCUCACAUCUUUGAUAUUGUGCAAUCGUAAAACUGUGAGAUUUCAUAUAAGAUGUGGAAAUCACUGAAUGUGUUGCUUUGAUGAAUCAAGGAGUGGGCAGUGCAAUGGGGAUUCUUGACUGAGAGAAUUGAGCGCAAUGGUCAAACAUGUCCGUCUAGUGAGUGUUUACAGAAAAAACUAUGGAAGAGCAGCAGAGACGAGCUCUGUGAACUAGCCUUGAGACUUAGAAACUCCUGCAGACACUGAACUCAAGAUCUGUAAGAUCUCACAUUAGGCAGUUUUUGGUCCAAUAAUCUGUUUGUUUCUAAAUUAAGCAGAUGGAAAUCACUAGUUGUUAAGAUGGUACCGUCUAUGCAGUUCAUUAGUGGUAGAUUUCAUCAGGCCUCGAGGGAAUAUCGAGCUGAGUAUCAUCAGAGUAACAAUAAAUGCAAACCCUCCUAAAAUGUCUCCAAGGGGAAGCGUGCAUUAGAGUGAGAAUGGAUUUGCUUUUAUGAUAACAGUCUGUUGUCAGACACUUUCCCUCUUACGCUGGUACGCGGCAUGACAGAAGAGACCUGUCCAAAGACAUGCAAACGGGAAGAGUUCAGCCUGAUCACCUGAGCUUUUCAAAGAUGUUUGUGAUGAUGAUUAUGAAGGUUUGCUUGCUUUUUAAUCAAUGUAUGUAAUCAGCUGUUUUCAUAUAUAACAGAAUAUAUAUAAUAAAGGGGACGUAAAUAAUCUAAAUAUCAAAUUGGAAUUCGCAGUCUCUGUGUUUGUGGCUGCAAAAAAAAAAAAAACCAUAAUUAUGUUUUAUCUUGUUCAUAUUACUUACACUGAUUUACAUCUGUAUAUACAUAUGUACCGUAUGUAUUAACCUACUGUAGUUCUGUUGCCUUAAUGAUAAUGGAUAUUCUCCAUUUUAAGGAUUUUAAUUGUCACUGGACAGUGUUGUGAUGCAGUAAUUUUUACCAUUGCCUUUGCUAUAAUGUAAUAACUCUUGUUGAAUUUGUGCUGGUCAGGAAAAUCAACUAAUAACUAAUAUUAUUCAAUAAACUGCUCAUUUUGACUCUCA